UCUGCAGCCACAGCGAUUGUCUAGAUGUGAAAUACGCCACCUUUCUUCUCCUUUCUUAUGUGUGCGGGAGUUAUGGCUGACAAUCAGACGGAUUCCAUAUCGGAGAUUCUAAAGCAGUAUGACAUCGAUGGCUUGAUUUUAGCCUUCUGCUUAUCAAUGGUGGUGGGCCUCCUGAUUGGGGCUCUCAUCUACGUCAUCCUGACCUGGAUGUCAAGGCGAAGGGCCACAGCCAACAUCACCCGCCGGCCCCCGCGGCAGUCCCGCACCACCUCCCACAGCCUCCUGCACAACCGCUCCGCCUUCAACCGCAGCAGCAGCUAUGACCGCCGCAGCAACAACAGCCUGGCCAGCGCCGCCUUCAGCUUCCACCGCCAGGCCUCCCUGGAGCAGGCCGACCCGCUGGGCCGCAAGUCCAGCUUCCGGGCGUCCACCUUCCACCCACUGCUGCAAUGCAGCCAGAUCGCACGCGAGGCAGAAGAGGGCAGCCAGACCACCUUGCCCCGCACGCCCACCAAUGGCUCCACAGCCAACGUGGCAACCCCACCUCGUCCGGACUCCUUCUGGUCUAACAGUAGCCUGCGGGGCUUCCAUGCCACACAGACACCUCCUCCCGCUUACGAGAGUGUGAUCCGGGCGUUCCAGGAAACAUGCACCUGAUCCCAAAGCUGUGGACUCAUUAAGAGGCUGGCUGUGGACUUGUGCCUGGGUUUACAUGCAUGUUUAUGAGACAUCUGACUCAUAUCUGAAUUAAAGGAUGCCCGAUAUAGCUUUGUGUAUGCAUAUAUGGGGGUCUUAUUACAUUGUACAUAAAAAAGCCCCUCCUUUUUUCAUGCAAAGGAGAGUAGGGUGUGUUCUAGGACUCAAAUGCCACUGAUCUGAAGCUGUUUUUUUUCUCAGAUUGGGAAAGCAUGUGUGCAUGUAAUUUAAAUAAUCUCCAAACAAUAUUCUGGCUUGCAGGGGUACUGACUCUGAGUGAGUCAGUACCCCUGACUCACAGAUUUGAGUGACAAAUGUACCAGUGAUGACUUAAUGAUAGUUGUCAGAUUAAACAAGCAAAUACAUAUUUUCAGUGGGGGAGCAACAGUGGCCCUGAUAAGUUGGUGGCCAUGUUGAUGGACAGGUUUUUUUUGGUUGGAGUAUAUCAAACAUGAUGCUGUUGAUAUAAUAAAAUUAUGAUCUGAAAGAAUCUUUGUUUGCUCUUUAUAAUUUAAAGGCCAGCUCUCACAUAUUUGCCUUUUUAGGCUUCCACAGAGUUGAGGCUUAUUAUAUUUAGGCAAUAAUCUCAUAGGUGCAUGGCAAACUGAAUUGAAAAUGAAUGUAUUCAGAUAAUUAUUGCACUCUAAACAUUCAGCUAAAAUCUA